ACUUCCGUUUCCAGUAAUUUCUACGGUGAGCAAAAUCAGAGGAACCAGUUGCCUGGAGUAUUCUAGAAAACGUGCCUCGGACAGUAUUCUUUGCCGGGUGAAGAACUUCUAUCACCUCAACUGUAUUUAUUAAUUUACAGAGCAAUCAUGGCAAAGUGGGGCGAAGGAGACCCGCGUUGGAUUGUGGAGGAAAGAGCAGAUGCAACAAACGUCAACAAUUGGCACUGGACGGAGCGCAAUGCCACCAACUGGUCGUCGGACAAGCUGAAGGAGCUGCUCCAGAGCGUGCGGCUGGAGAACGAGCAUGGCUCAUGUGAGGUGACGGAGGUGAGCAAGGUGGAGGGAGAAGCCUCCAUCAACAACCGCAAAGGCAAGCUCAUCUUCUUCUACGAGUGGAACCUCAAGGCUAAGUGGAAAGGAGUAACGACAUCAGGGAUCAAAUGCAAAGGCCAUAUAGAGGUUCCAAACCUCUCAGAUGAAAAUGACAUGGAAGACCUUGAUAUUAGCGUGACACUGAGUAAAGACCAGCCUGACACUCCGCUUCUCGCCCUCAUGAAGAAGGAAGGAGCAGAGAAGGUGCGCUCUGCCCUGGGUAAUUAUGUCAGCGCCCUCAAGACAGAGUUCACCCAAGGCAUGAUCUUGCCCACCGCCAAUGGCCUCAUCAAGCAGCAGUCAUCUCAGUCCAAAGCCAAGGUGGACAAAACUCUGAUUGGCACCAACUGCUCGACUCCCGCCAUCAACACCGGCGUGAAGAUCCCCACCUGCAAAUUCAACAUCAGGGACACCUUCAUGACGUCGCCUGAGGAGCUGUACAGAGUCUUCGUCAACCAGGAGAUGGUGCAGGCCUUCACACAUGCGGCCGCCGUGGUGGAACCCGUGAAGGGCGGGAAGAUCCGUAUGAUGGACGGCAAUGUCUUGGGAGAGUUUCAGGAGCUGGUUCCUGAGCAAAAGAUUGUGAUGAAAUGGAGGUACAACUCUUGGCCCAGUGAGCACUAUGCCACCAUCACGUUAAAGUUCUCGGACCGGGGCGGGGAGACGGAGCUGACCAUAGAGUGUCGGGCUGUGCCGGAGAGCGAGGAAGAGAGGACGAAGGAGGGCUGGUACCGCUACUAUCUUCAGGGCAUCAAACAGACGUUCGGCUACGGAAGCCGGCUCUACUGAACAGACACUCGGCUACGCCCGACUACUGAACAGAGCAGCCUUUUUCUCUCCUCCCUCUCUCUCUCUCUUGUUCUUUUCUUAUUUCUUCUUUUUCUUUCUUUCUGUUGUUUUGGUUUUUGGUCACGCACAGAACAAAAACUUGACAUCAGAAAGCCACUCUGCUGAAGAACCAACUUGGCACCAUCUCAUACUGAUUGGUUUUUAAUUUUUAUCACCUCAUUUUUCCCCAUUAUAAUUUUUGAUACUGAUGUACAGAAAAAAGAACGGGUGAGAACAGAAUCCUAGAACUUUCAAAGAUAAGAAGAAGAUGGAAGAGAGUUGUUAAAUGUUCAUGACUUCUCUUGUUUGAGUGCGUGUAAAACGUGUGUGUGUGUGUGUGUGUGUGUGUGUGUGUGUGUGUGAGUGAAUGAAUGAAUGAAUGAAAUAACUUAAGUUUUAAUUGACGCAUGGUCUCAUUGUUCACCUAUAUAGCCAGUGCAGGAUUGGACUGUGCCUCCAUGGAUUGAAGUUCUGAGAUGUUCCAUAAGGGUUCUUUAGUUCAUAACUGUAUUAAGAUGUAAAGAGGAAUGGCAAAAGAAUAAAAGUUAAGGGCGAACUUUGUAACCACUUAAAAAACGUGUCAUUUUGACCAUAAUUUAACAGAACAGAGCAUGAAAACAGAUUGGCUGUGUGAAUGUGUGCGUAUGUCUCGGUUUCACACUCAUUUUCAGCAUCACUUGUUUUAUGGAUUGAAUUAUGUCAUUUAUACUGAACGUGUGUUUUAAAUGUGCUGACCACUGCUAAGGAAACUCUUAAAGGGAAUUGCUUGUGUCAAGCACCCAUCAGCGAGAGGCUUCAGUGGAGGCUGUAUUGAAUUGCUGUGCAUUGUAAACUAAAAGGCAUCAUGCUGUAAAAGUGUAGUCCUGUAUGUCUUGAUUGGCUUGGUAUGGCAACGCCCUCAUGUCCAUGCCAGUGUGUAUUGGCUGCGUUGCCCAGGGAAGGUUUUUUUUUACUCCAGAGGUUGAAAGUGCAGGAAAAGGAAAAAAAAAAAAAAAAAAAAAGACCCAAACCACGUGUCUUUGCUCAUCUGUAUCGAAAACUCUGCAACAGCCCUCUACUGCGGAACUAUGUCACUUAUUUAUUUGUUUUGUUUUUUUUCCACUGAAGUAUUCGUCAUCGGUAGCACAACACUUUGUAACCUGUUGAAACCUCAUUGAUUUCAUAUCAAUAAAGUCAUACUUGCAA